AUGUCGCUGAUAGAAGGUGUGGGUGACGAGGUGGUGCAGUUCGUUGGUGUGGUGUUUGUACUUAUGGUUGCCGCAUUAGCAUGGUGGUCUACGAACGCGAGGCCAGGGCGGUAUCGGACAGUGCUCGUAAUGCGGGCAAGGACUCGUCACCCAGUCACCGUGAGAAUUGGGAGAAGAUCCAAUUUAAUGAUGUCAAGCACACAAACUAGUAGCUCGACUCAAGGUUCCAUUACGGAGACGACAGGACUUAAUACGCCUUCCAGAGAACCUUCAGCGGAGAACAACGGGAAUGCAGUACCUUUACAAGAGAUGGAUAGCAUAGUAGAUGCCGACAUGGCUAUGCUGGAUAAUAACAGGCUGCACUUCUAUAGGAGAGUUGACUCACCGAAUAAUCCCCAAAGCACGUCUGAAUCUACAACUGAAGAAAGCGAAGUACAAGAGGAAGCCGAACCCGCUAGCAAUGCACAGAUAAGAGAGAUGGAUAGCAUUGUCAGCGCUAUGGAAGCCGAUGUAACCACUGGCUGUGAUUUCUUCACUAGAUCCAAUGAAUCUAACACAUCAGCAUCUAAACCGGCUGCAAAAAAAGACGAAAAUAAAGAAAAUGUUCCUUCAAGUGCAAACAUAGAAAAACCCCCAGAAAAUGUGAAUACGGACACUGUAGACGGUGCCACUGAAAUGCCGGCCGCUGAAGUGCCAAACACAGAUUCCACUGAAGGAGACAGGCGAAAGAUAUUGAUCAAGUUGAAAUAUCUUAAUGAUACCCUUAAAGAAGUUGAGGGUAGUCUCGACGAACUAUUGAAGGAUUUUAAAUGGCGCCACUUUUCUACCGAACUAACAGCAGAGUGUCGCGUUCGGCUUAUAUUUAACGGACGCGUGUUGAUCGACGAUGCAGCGACCUUGCGAGCGUGCGGCCUGCACGACAGGGCUGUCGUACACUGUCUCGUGCACCCCAAGAGGAAUAAUAAUAGCCAGCAACACGGUACAAUUGAAGAGAGCGAAGUGACCGCGACACACGAAGUGAUCACGGAGCGAGCGCCGCGCGACCGCGCCUGGGACCUCGAGAACAUACUCAUGACCCUCGUGUCCGUCGCGCUCACCGUCGUCUGGUUCUUCAGGUGUGAAUAUUCGAACAUGUUCACGGCAAGCGCAAGCGUGGCCCUGCUGGGCCUGACGGUGUUCUACAGCGUGGCGAUAUUCGCGCUGUACCUGUCCGACACGUUCCAGCUGGACCGGCGCGCGGCGGCCGUGCCCGAGCAUUAG